UGUGGAGAAUGGUGUCACUGGUCGACGUAGUUUGAAUACAAUGACCCGAGAGAGUUCCACUGUUUUAGUUGUUCAGGAGAACUGUGUACACAAGAGAAGCGUCUGUGUAACUGAGGUCACUGAUGCAAUAUCAGAUAUCAGAUAUUAUAGUGAUAUGCUAGUGAAAAGUAUAUUUCGAGAUUGA